CAGCACAGCGACAGCUCAGGCAGGCUGCGUUUACGUGGGGGUAACGUGGGGUUGCGAAUUUGACAGCUUACACAUUGCAUUGACAGAAAGGUGUGACCUUACACCAGCUAUGUCGAAAAAUCCUAAGAUCGAAGAAGGACUGGAAUGUAUCAGGAACGCAGAAAAGUGCCUUAAAACAUCACUUUUGAAAUGGAGACCAGACUAUGACUCGGCUGCAGAUGAGUACAACAGAGCAGCUACUUGCUUUCGGAAUGCUCGGUCCUUCCAACAAUGCAAAGACUGUCUCUUCAAAGCAGCUGACUGCUAUAAACAAAAUAGAUCAUUUUUUCAUGCCGCCAAAUGCUUGGAGCAAGCCAUGCUGAUGAGUAGGGAUCUUGGAAAUUUAUUAGAAGUAGCGUCUUUGGCAGAGAAAGCCUGUAGCUUGUAUCAGCAGCAUGGCUCAUCAGAAUCAGGAGCUCUUGCUUUGGAUAAAGCAGCUAAAAUAAUUGAAGAGCAGCAUCCAGAAGAGGCCCUCAAGCUGAAUCAACAUGCUGCAGAUGUUGCAAUGACUGAGAAUAAUGUAAGACAAUCAGCAGAAUUUGUUGGCAAAGUCUCAAGGAUUCUUGUUAAGCUUAAAAGGUAUGAUCAAGCUGCUGAUGCUAUAAGACGAGAAAUGGGUUUGCAUGAACAAUCAGAGCACGUACCUGCCAUUGGCAGGCUGGCAGUGGCUCUUGUUUUAGUUCAGCUGGCAAGAGGUGACUAUGUAGCUGCUGAAAAGGCGUUUAAGGAAUGGGGAAAUUGUUGUGAAGCUCCUGAGGUUCAAACCCUAGAAAUGCUUCUUCAAGGAUUUGAUGAAGAAGACUCUGAUACUGUGAAACGAGCUUUGAACAGUCCAUUUAUUAAACACAUGGAUGUAGAGUAUGCAAGACUUGCACGAGAAUUGCCUUUGCCUCAGCCUACCACAGUUGCCCCAAAGGCAACUGUGAGAGAGAAUGCGGCUCCAUCAUAUGUCUCCCCAAAUGCAUCGUCUCAAACGGCCUCAGCUCAAGUUGAUUUUGAAGAAAGUGGUCAAUCAGUUGGAGAGCAUAGUGCACCAGCAGCCUCAUCUGUUGCUGCUACCACUCCAGGAAGUGAAGAUGAGUAUGAGGGCGGUCUAUGCUGAACCUGAGCUGAUUGUAGAGUUCAUGGUUUUACCUAUAGACUGAUGGCAAUACUGUUAUAUCUGUUACUUCAACAAUUGGUAUUGGAGUAGUGUCACAUUAAUUUUCUUUUUAAGUGUCUUUGUUUUCCAAUUGUGUUAAUUUUUUGAGGGAUAAGACACAAAAAUUAAUUGUUUCAGAACACAUGAUAGCAGAGGAAAUGCUGAAAUUUCUUAAAUUAUGGAGGGCAAGGGACUGGGGUGCCUUGUUUCAUUUUUAUUUAAAAGUCAUGUAGAUAUUUUAGAAAGAAUAGUUUGGUUAAAAUCAAUGCUGUCAAUUUUUUUCUGAAAAUUGUCCCUUUUUUAUCCAAUGUUCAUUGAGAACACACAUUUUAAUACUGUUUCAAAUUAAAUAACUCUUCAUGAAUUUUCACCAGAAAAGAUUUUGCUUCUUGCCCAUCAGUUCAACUAUUGUUCAAGUAUAUUUUCUUUCUUCCUUUGAUAUGCAAAUUAAAUUUUCCCACCAGCUCUUUGCUCACUGUGUUGUUAUUACAGUAAAUGACAAUGGUUUAUCUGUUCAAAAAAUAAAAUAAAAAAAAUGACAACUUUAGAAUUACCUGUACAAGUCCUUAAUUUUGGUAACAUGUAGACUUUUUAAUAGAAAUUUUCAAUUAUGUAUUUAGCAUUAUUGAGUUUUUAAACAAUGAAGUCAUUACCACAUAUACGUGGCAUCGGAUUCAGUUUUGGCCCUUGCCUCUGCUGAGAACAGGUCAGGUUUAGAUUGUGAGACAGAGGGUGGGAAUCGAUAACCCUGCUUUUACGCGGUUGUAACCGUUGACCUUUGAAACAGACCCUUCUUUUGGUUACAUUAUUUUCAAUCAAAUUUUUCUAGAUAAAACAAUUAUCCAUCCUUUUGAUUUGUUUGUGAGAAUUGUAUCAAAUCACUUAUCAAAUAGGCAUGGGUUGCUUGGAUGGAAGUGAUAUUUCUCUGUGUGUACAGUAUGUUCAAAUAAAUCUAAGAAGUGGUUGUUACUGGAAUUUUCUCAGAAACAGACCAACAGCUUUUGGAGUGACUGGCUCCUUUUGUAAAGCUCUUUUUACAGAUUUUGGGCAUAUCUGCUAAAUAUCAUUUAAAAUGUACUGUACUUGGAAGUUGCCAGAAUUCAUUUUGGCUUGAGCCAGAUAUGUCUUACAAGAACUUUUCUCCGUAAUUAAGCUUCUGUAGGCCUGUGAUAGUCAUUUGUAUUACAAAAAUGUACUGUAUGUAUAUCAGCGUUAUUCUUUGCUAUUGUGGCAUAGUCAUGAUGUGUCUUAACAUAGCUUGUUAUUGCCAAAUUGUCUAUUUUAUUUCGAUAAUUCUAUUUCUGAUUGUUUUGUAUCCAAGAAUAAGGAUACUUUGAAAAAAAUUAUUUUAUCUGCUCUAUAUAUUUGGCAUAUUUAUAAGUGUUCAGACAGUUAAAAUGUCGAGCAAUAAUGUUAUAUAUAUCUAUAUAUGUAUAGCUAUCAUUACCUAUAUAUCAGUUCAAAGGUGAUAAUGGAGUCUUAAUCAAGUGUGCUCCUCUGCUUUUGGGACUUUUUCUCACUUACAAGCUUUGGAAUGCAACAAUGAAUAUUGUUUUUGGAUACUCCUGUAUAUUAUUUAUUGACGGUCAGUUUCAUCUUUAGGUGCACAAGGCUGCUACCUUUUAAAUGAUAUGAUAAGGUUACCUAUGAAUGUUCCAAUUUGUUUUGUUUACUACCUAUGUGUAUUAACUAUUGGUGCUAGAUGUGGAGUACCUUUACUUUGUUGUUGUUUUCCAUCGAUGAAAAGGUUAGACCUUGAUGAUUGUUACCUCUUUCUUUAAAUGAAGCAAGUUACUAUGUAUCUUAGGAUAAGAAAUGUUUUUGGAAACAUCCUUUGCACAGUGUCAAUAUUUUUCAAAAAUCUUACAUAUUUAUUUCAAAUUAUAAAGUAAAUCUUGUUUGCACCCUCUUAUAUUAAAUAUCGAGGUACUGUAGUUUCCAUUUUACAUAGUUUUUGCUGUGACUUACAUUUUACCUGCUUAAUAUGUAGGCUGUUUUUAAUCAUAUGCAAAUGUGAAAUGUGGUUCAUCAUGUACAAAUUAAUCUUUUGUUAUUAAAAAAAUGAAUAAAAUCCUUAAAAAAAAUAA